UAGGAAGUCCUUCAAUCCUCCACCGCCACUGAAAUAAUUCAAAUUCGAUUCUGAGAGAGAGAGAGAGAGGCAGGCCAUCGUUGUGUAGGGUUUUCUUCAUUACUUACAUACAUACAGUGUAGUAGCCGUUAAGGGUCUGUAAAGAGAACACAAAAUGCUGAAGAUCGAUUCCAAACUCAAACAAUCGACGAGAAAACCACUCAGAGAAGUCUACAAUGGCGUUAAAUCAUCCAAAUCCGUUAAGAUUAAGAAACUUCCCGAUGUUUCCGAACAACGAGCGACCCAGAAAGACGCUUCCCUUGAUCGUCUUCUUCUCGUUCACUCCGAUCUAUCUUCUCUCCUUCGUCAGACUGAUGAACUUGUUGUCCAAGCCCUAAAACUUGAUUUGAACAGCAGAAAUGGAUUAAAUGAACUUGAAUCUUUCACACAACUGUUAUCAAGUAUUCAAACUUCUUUAAAGCCAUGGGUUCCCAGAAUUCAGAAAGCUCUUUCUGAUUGUUCAAAUCAAUCAGAUUGUGAGGAGGAUUCAAGAAACGAGAUUGAGAGUCCUGAACAGAUGAUAACUGAAUCUAGGGUUUCCCUUUCUCCAUUAGUAUCGUGGCGAGGCGACUUUGCUAAUGAAGGUGGUACACAACUUUUCCUACUUACCCCUAUGCCAAAACUGAAAUCAAUUUCAUCGAAAUUGUAUGUAACUGGACAAAGACCAUCGUCGUCGUCAAUCAUUGCUAUCUCGACAAACACGAAUGAUGAUCUUCUUGAAAGUGUAAUAGCAACUCCGAAUAAAACUUCUUUGGUUGUAAUGACAACUCCUUACAAGAAAAUGUCACCUAAGAAAUCUUGUGUAGUACUUGAACCUAUUUCCGAGAUAACUCCUCCCAAGAACAAUGCUGCAAACAGGACAUCAACCCCGUUUCCAGUUGGGAAUUUGAGUGAUUCAUCUGAAUCAUCCUCGGGUGAUGACUAUGAGGAUGAGGCUUCUAAGAACUUGUCUUUGAAAUAUUCUGAAAUGAUGGGUGGGAUUGUACAGUCUGAAAAAGUGGAAGAUGAAAGAAAAGAUUUGGAUUCGUCGCCUUAUUGGUUUUUUUCACCCCCGAAAACUUGCCUUGUGAUGGAACCGCAAGAAGAUGAUUACAGCAAAUCUGUUGAAUUAGAUUUUGCUGCUGCAAAAUCAAUCAACACUAGUAUUGUAAUGGAAAAGCAGCAUCAUGGUGAGAAUACUUUGAAGAAGGAAUUGUGGAUGAAGUUUGAAGAUGCAUCAGAUGAAGUCCAUCCGAUUCGUUACAUUCCUCCGCAGAAAGGGUUUCUCGACAGAUUGGACGAGGCUUUGUGAAACGAUUAUUUUGUUUUGUGACGAAAUGAAGUGUAAGGAUGAAUUUUUUGUUG